AUGAUUCAGUUUGUUAUAUUCUUCAUCUGGCUUGCUGGGGAUUUUAAACUCGUUUUGAAUUUACCGACUCUUGGAUCUAAAGACAAUCCCAGACUUCUGAGCAAAGGUAUAAUCUGCGGUGGAUUUGAAUACCCAGUCUAUCAGAAGCACAGUGUGUUCUUCUAUCAUGAGGACUCAGAGGAGAUGUAUGUAGGAGGGACGGAUUUUGUGCUGAAACUGGAUGUGGGGGGCUCUCAUAUUAUGGAGAAUUUCUCGCUGAAAGCCCCAGACCAGCAACACUGCCAAGAGGGCCAAUGUGAAAAUGUCAUCACAGUGAUUGAGAAGUUUCAGGACAGCAUGUUUGUCUGUGGAACAAAUGGAAACAAACCGCAGUGCUGGAAGCUUUUUUCGUCAGUGAACAACCAGUCUCUUGAAAUAGUGGCUAGCUAUGAGGGGAUGGGUAUCUCUCCGUUUGUGUACACGCACAACGCCAUUUCGCUCACUGUAGAGGGGGAUCUUUAUUCAGCUGCACCUUUGGACACGGAUGGAAGUUCAUUACAAUUCAGAAGGAAAGCUGGUAGCAGAACUAAUGUCUGGAUGUAUGACAACUGGAUCUCAGAGCCCACGUUUAUCUCUGCGACGUGGGUGAAGCAGAGGGAAGAACCUGACAAUGAGAAAAUAUACAUAUUUUUCCGUGAAAAGAACUCUGAUCACAACCCGGAGGCUGACCGCUGGAUAUCGAGGAUUGCCAGAGUCUGUAAGGUAGAUGAAGGUGGAUCGAAACGAUUUUUCCAGAACAUGUGGACAUCUUUUCUCAAGGCCCGGCUUGUUUGUGGACUUCCUGAGAAGUCGCUUUAUUUCAACCAUCUUCAAGAUAUUUUUGUUGUGCACGCCAAGGACUGGGUUGACACGAGAGUCUAUGGCCUUUUUACAAGCAGCUGGAACGUCACAGCGGUGUGCAUAUAUACAAUAGGAAAGAUUGAAGACGUAUUUGAGAACUCAACUUUCAAGGGCUACAACAAAGACAUUCCCAAGCCAAGGCCAGGAACGUGUGUAAAAAACAGCAGGAACCUGCCACUGGCCACCGUCAAUAUGGUGAAGGAUUACCCGGAAAUGAAUGACUGGGUUGAAUCGAUACAUCAAACAGCUCCGUUUUAUGUAAGCAGCAACAACUACACCAAGAUUGCUGUGGACCGAGUGCAGGCAGCAGAUGGGUGCAUGCAUAACAUUCUGCUUCUAGCUACUGAUUCUGGGAAGAUCCAUAAAGUCUUAGAGGCCGGGGAAGAGCCUUUCAUCAUCUCCGAAACACAGCUCUCCAGCCACUCAACCGUACAAUCAAUGAAGCUUGACUCCAAAAAGAAAAAGUUAGUGGUGGGUUUCUCAGAGAACAUUUCGAUCAUUGACCUUCAGAGGUGUCAGGAGUACAACCAGUCCUGCGCAGAUUGUGUUCUGGCCCGGGACCCCUACUGUGUCUGGACAGAGUUUGGAUGCACCCCGACUGUCACUGGAGGCAUUCAAAAUAUCCUUGAUGGGAACCGAAGUGUGUGUCAACCAUCUGACGAAGAGCAAAAGCAAGUUAACCGGACCAAACGGGAGACAGAUUCAUCAUCUACGGUGGAUUUGGGGAUAGCCCACUCGGUCCCCCUGAGUGUCCCCUUCUAUUUGUCUUGUCCUAUAGACUCCUACCACGCUGUGUACACCUGGGAGCACGCAGGCCAGAGCAGCCCAUGUCUACAAAUGCAGUCCAACUGCCUGCACCUGAUCCCCGCCAUGACGCAAGAGAACUAUGGUGGCUAUGAGUGUGUUUCCAAGGAGAGAGACUACACCAAAGUGGUGAAAACAUAUCAGCUUAAACAGCAAACGAUCCAGGAUACAAAUAGAAACACUGAUGGAAGCAAUGGUAAUUUAAGAAUAUCUGCAUCAGCUGUUGUGCCGCAGAUAACAUGGAUCACCCUCACACUGGCUGUAACAGUGUCUGGGAUUUUCAGAUAGGUUUUGCACAAUUGACUAUUUUAAACUAAGCAUUCCUUUCUUUUUGUAAUGCUUUUGUGUUGGGCCAAACCUCCUGUUUUUUCAAACUAAGCAUCGACAUCCUCAGCCCCUUUGUCCUUGUCCAGGAUGUUAGCAGCAUUAAGGCUAACUCACUUCCAUGAAGCUUGCAACUCAACAAUCGAAACAGGAACACACCUGCUGUGUACGAUGGAGCAAAAGAGCAGCACCACCAGUCAGCAGCAGGGCCCAGCUUAAAUAAUACUGAAGGUCAAUAAUAGUGUGUGUUUGGAUCAUCUCAAUAUCCGUCAAUAACCUCAGUGUCCACCUACAUUACUGCAAUAUCAUUGAGUAAGUAAUAAUCUUUCUUUAAAGCUAGGGGAACAGGGAAGAUGUUAGAAGUGAAUUCCUUUCAACAAAAGCUCAGUCCAAGCCGAAGCCUUUAAAAUCAUCCUGGGCUCCAAUGCGUGUGCACGGACAGUACAGCACACAGUGAGUAUGUAUUGUGGGGCAGAAGAGUGUGCACAUGUUGAGGCCAUAUCUAUUAGAGGUCAGACUUUUUUUUUAAGUUCCUGUGACAAUCCUGUUGACAGAUUAUUUGUGUUCAAGGAAGGGUGGAGGCAGCUGGGGACCUGCUGUUCAACUCUCCCUCUGUCGAAACAGUCAGUGGUCAGAGAGGCGUUUGGAGAAUGUGUAAUUAAAAUGCUUUGCUGCAGAGGAGACAAUAUCUGACUCCAAAAACAACAGGCACAUUGUUUACUUUAUUCAUAUUUAUAACCAAUCUAUUUUGGAGAAAAUUCAUUAAGUUAAAAUGUGCAUUGACAUAAAACACAUUAAUAUUAGCUUCGGGGAUAGCAUUUAUUUAUUUUACUUCCAUAUUAUAAUAGUUUUGCGACAUCUAUACAUCUGGUAUUGGAGUUUCAUAUAUAAGCUAUUUUUCCAGUAAGUUAUUGAUAUUAUACAAUACAGCUUUAUGUAUAAAGCACUUUAAAACCUCCAGACCAAAGUGCUGUACAGUCAAACAAACAAAACAAAACAUACAAAAAAUACACACGGCAAAGCUCACACACCAUAACACAAGUGCAAGUUAAAACAAUAGACAAAUAAAGUAAGAUAUUAAAGUAAGACUAUGUAAAUGUUGUCGCACAGUAGCCACUGUUGCCACAAGUGAUACUGUAUUACGAGAAAAUAGAUACAAGUAUGAGAACCAGCUUCGUAUGUCCAUUACUGCAAUAUGGCUAAAGUUAGCAAACACUAGCAUCCAAAAGCUCAUCAAGACCUAGUAAGGCUCCAGCAGCAAAUCCUAAUUAGAUUAAAUUAAGCAGUGGUAUGUUUUAUUGUAGAGAAAUACCUGCUUUUCCAAAAGUUACAUUGUCUUAAUUUAAACUACAAACUAUUCUUUAGAUGUUUAAAAAAUAAAUAUCUUUAUUAUAUUGUAUUUUGGUACAAUGUGCUAGCAUGAGUGUCCUUAUCAAUUCAAAGAUUAUAUAUUUGUGUAUGAUGAUUUCUUGGGAAGUCUACGUAAAGAAACUAAAGGAAGUCUUGUUAUUCCUCUACACCUGUAAGUGGUUUCGGGAAAGGAGUUGAUUUAGUCCUCAGUAGGUCAUGCGUUUAUCAGACUCAGUAAAUCACUUGCAGCUUGAGCAGAGUACAGACAAGAAGUAAUGAUCUUUAUCUUAAUCUGUUUUAUUCCGGGAUUCAAAGUCUCAACCCUGCUCAUGACGGCAUCUUGUUGAUACAAGAAUAAUUAUUCACAACAAAACUACUUAUCUCUUUGGCCAUUACUGCACAACAACAUUACUGCACGACAACAUGGGUGGAGAUCCUGCAUUAUUGUAGAUUUUAUUUCAGAUAACAAUAAUUGUACUUCAAAAGCUUUAAAGUGUUUUGAUCUUGCUGUUUUCGAAAAUAAAUUAUUUUUAUCUGAAAAAGAAAAUCUACAGCAUCUAACAUCUAAGAUCAACACCCAGAUCACACAUUUACUUGGACAGUCAAAUCUGAUUUCCUUUCUCAGAUAAUGAAUACUUCUUAACUCUGGCACGACACAAAAACAAACUGAUGUGAGUUUGUUGUUACUGAGGAAAUAACAAAAUGUAAGCAGCUAGGCGUGUUUGCUCUCCUAUUUUGGUACCAAACCCUGCUUGUACUAUGUGAGGGUCUCACCCUAAGUUUAGGAAACAAUCUUUCAACUCAAUGUGUUCCAAAUAAAUAUGAAGUCAUAGAAAGUGCGGUGUUAGGCUCCACCAAUACCACAAAUGAGUCAGUUGUUUUCAACCGAGGAUAAAACACAGUUGAGAAAGAGGUCGCUUCAUGUAGACUGUUUAAAACUGUUAUUGUGUAGCUUAAACAGCAGCGAGUGCAGUGUGGCUACAGAAGAUUCACCUACCGUACAAUCUUGCUGUCAGGUCACUUUAAUUAGGAUCAUGGAGUCAUUUGUUUAAGCUGCAGUUGACGCGUCACCUGACCUUACAGCUCACUGCCUCCUGUAGUUCAGUGUCUGUCAGCCUGCAGACAGUUGGCAAGGUUACUUGUAGUUCAGGGUGAGACAUUCAAAAUAUGUUUUCAUGUAGCUGCGGUCGACUACAUCACUAUUAGUCAUUGUUUGCUCCAGCCUGUUGAAUGAAUGCUGUAACCUCUCUGCUAAAGCUGUAUGUAACCUUGGCUGCAUGCUGUAUGAAUAAGCAUCACUGGGGUACAUGUAUGCACGUCAUUCCUAUCAUCUAAGAUAGUAAAAACAUGUUGGUAAUCAUGAACAACUUUCUUCCAAAUCCAAAAGAACAUGAGUUGUAAAACUUAAAUGUAUAAAGUCUGAAACUGCG